CUGUCCGCCUCGCGCCCCUCGGAGCCGUAGUCGGCCCCGCCUCCGCUGCCGCCGCCCCCGGCCUCGAGCGGACGCGCGGCGGGAGCCGUUCCCCGACGGGCAGCGGGGCGCUGGGCCGCCGCGUUUGGGUUGAGCGCGGCGACGCUGCUGCCCCGAAAUCCUCCCCGAUCUUGAGGCGAUCAGAUGUCUUUUUCCCUCUUCAAGUAUGGAACUUCAAGGUCUUUGUGAUAAUGGAAACCAAAAAAUUGAUUGGUAAACCGCUUCAACCAGCAAGACCUGUUCGUCAUCUGACUUCUCCCCCUGGAGCAGUAUUCCCUUUCAACUUUCAAAACGAAUAUCCAUGCAAAACUCAGUGCUUACAAAGCGGAGUUAGCAGAUGUAAGACGAAUGGAAUGCAAGCCUUUUCUCAAGGUCAUAAUGAACCACAGCAACAUCAGUCUCCAGUUAAAAAAGAGAGAAUUAAAUACAGCAGAGAUUUCCUGUUGAAGCUCUCAAGUGUUUCCAUCUGCAGAAAAAAACCAGACUUUCUGCCUGAUCAUCCCAUUGUACUUCAAAAACCAGAAAACCACCCAAGUUUUAAGUAGCAUUUUAAGAACAGAUGAAUUUGAACAUAAAGAAUUACUCGUUUUAUAUUUUGGACACCUGCAAAUGAAGUGGACCUAGUAACAAUAACUGUAAUGGACUGUGACAGUUCAGCUUAUUUUUAAUUUUGAUGGUUGGGUAUUUGGUUUCUCCCUAAAAUGAGAAAGAUAUUUUAAACUAUAAAGAAUUUUCUAAUCAGUUUCAACUUUGCAGGCAGUUUCCUGCAUAAAUUGGGAAGUAACACUGGAAAGUAGGAAUUCGGUUAGUAAAGUGGGAAGACUGUAUUUAUAAUU